CGACGCGCGGAGGUGACACCCGCCACGAAACUCGCAUACAAACUCGAUAACACACGUCUGUGAGAAUGCAAGUGCUAGCACCUUUCGUACUCGUGUGGCUGGUAGGUGGAGUGAGAGCCGUUAUCAGGACACCUUUGGAGGCCUUCCGGCCUUCGGGAGAGAUCCAUAUAAGGAGGCCUGAUAAGCUGCCGCUGCUGCCGCACAGGAGAACUACGUUGCCGCCAAAAAGCGGCCUUAAGAUUCUGUAUCAGACUGGGGUGUCAGAGGAGGACUUGCCGUGGUGCAGGGCGCGGCAGGUUUGCAGCAAGGUGGACCUUUACGACGCAAGCCAGCCCUGGAUCGAGAGGAAGUGCCGCUGCAUGGGGCACAGGCCUUGCUCCAGUGAACUGACUCCUGACGACAACCACACACUGGCAGACAAAACCACAUUGUACAAGACAUGCGAACCAGUCAAGAGGCUGCCCAAAUGUAGAUACUUCAAGGAGGCGGCCUGGACGAUCUUCUCGUUUCCCGACACCAACGCCACACAGCAAAUUGUGAACUGUCAUUGCCCCAAGAACUCGGUCACUUACCUCCUUAAGAAGAUACCGUACACGACACCUAGCGGCGAGCAGGGGAACCAGUACCAGUUCGCGUGCUCUCCGCAAAGCAGAUUAAGGUGUUCACGCAAGGAGCCUUGCAAACUUUUCAGCGCUCGUCGGCGACACGAGCAAAUUGACGAAGUGAACGCGAACACGAUAUGCCAGUGCCCCAGGGACCACACGUGCCCCAGGCACCACACCGAACCGGGAGUGCUGGCUGGAGUGACGUACGCGGCCGAAGACAUCCGCACCUACCACGGGUACUGCAUGCCCGAGCCACCACCGGAUGUUUAUAGGUUCGUCGGCGACAAGGAUUGAAGAUUCCAAAUCAGUUGCGUGUUCAUUAGAAACGAAUUAAAAUACCAAACACUGUGAACUUAUGGG